UUGAAUUAUUCGUCCAUUAUAUACGGUCGACGAGUUUCCUGCUGUAUUUUUAAUUUUUGCCGUAUCAAUGGAACCUGUUUAUCAAAAAAUGAAAAAUACCUAAAAUAAUUUCGUAAAAAGAAGUUGACAGAUUCUUUUUUGUUUUUCUUUACGUAAUUUUCAAAGAUAAUUCUCUGUUUUUUUAUGACCAAGACGAAGGAAGAACUUUUGUACUGAUUGUGAGAAUAAUUCAUUUUCGUGUGCUAUGUUUCCCUUUCUCCUGUAGUUCGGAUUGAUGUUUGCAUCAUAUCCAAACUGUCUACGUGUUCGAUUAUUCCUGUACAUUGAUGGGCAUAAAAGAAAAACAAAUGCGGAGAGCUCACGGUUAUAAUUACAGUGCGCUGCCUUCUGAAGCGGCAGAUGGCAUCGAACAGGAGAAUGACGAGAUGGCGAGUCAUCUUGGUGAAAGGAUAAGUACUCUGAAAUCGUUAACCAUUGAUAUAGGCAAUGAGGUGAGAGAACACAAUCGUAUGACUCGUGAAAUGGAAGAUGCUUUUGAUAAAACGUAUGGUUUCUUAGGAAAUACUUUGAAUAAAGUGAUAAGACUGAGUAAAGGCAGGCAUAAUUAUUAUAUUUGUUAUUUAUGUUUAUUUGCAGUUUUCGUUUUCUUUGUUUUAUAUGUUGUAAUAAAGCUUGGAUGACAUGGUCUAGUUUUCAAGCUCAUGUGUUUUGUUUUAAUCAUCUGUAGGUACAGAUUAUAUUUUCCUAUUUAAUAAUUGUAUACGCGAUGUUUGAAAAAAAUGAACGAUUAUCAGAUCUGAAAAUGGAGUAAUUUAUUGUGCGUAAUAAAAAAAACUUAUAAAUAGCAACUUGAAAUCAAGUUGUUGAUAUCAGCUGUUCAACACAGGAACUCACACUUGGAUAACGAAAAUUAUAACAAAAAUACAAAACAUCGAGGUAAAUUAUAAAUAUUGUUCGGAUAAAUUGCAACAUUAAUUAAAUGUUAAGAAUAAUCGUUUUCAACCAUUCGAAUUAGCAGAAGCUAUGAACAGUUCUUUCAAAUCCCGAAACGUUAAUUCGCUAACUUCGGCAUUAUUUUUCUGUAUCGCCUCGUUCAUUUCUAGCAGAUGUUGUUCUAUUGUACUUUUCAUUAUAAACUUAUGAAUUACCAUAUUCCUGUAAAAAUUGAGUGAAAAACAUUAAAUGAUGUUGAAGUUA